UGGACAAUGAUGCCGCACGCACCGCUUCCGCCCGUGUGCCUGCCUGCAUCGCUACAGCCGCGCACGAAACGAAACGUAAACACUUCCAGCGGCUUUGCUGGCUGGAUGGCGCGACGACAAUCACGGCCAUAGUGUUUCGCGCCAGAAUUACUUUUUAAUUCGAAUUUCAAAAGUGUUUUAGCGUCGUCGGUGUGGAUAAUUCUUUGCUGCUAUUUUUUUUUUAAUUUUUCUCUGGCAGUGGCUGGUCUUGAAAUGCUUUAUGUGGAAUUGAAGCUUUAAAUUUUAACAACAGAAUAAAUAAUAAACUUUUGAAGAUGUAGUGCGAUUGUGUAAACUAUACUCAUUGGAUACUUAGUUCUUGCCAUGGGAUCAGCGGCGUCUGCCGUUGGCGAGGUCCCAGGGGCGGACCUUCGGCUCCCCACCACCGGCCUGAAGUUCUCCGUCAACCAGCUCAGGAGUCUCAACUCCUACGUGGACACGCUCUACGAAGAUGAUCAGAAAGGUCGCAUGAGCAUGGAGACGGAGAGCGCGGUGGAAAGCUUGGUCCAACGCAUCGUAGACGGCGCUGGCCAGAGAGACCCUCGCUUCAGGUGCUGCCAUAUCAUAGCGCUGCACAGAGGCAAGAAGAUGCGGUCUCGUUCCCUGGAGUACCUGGUGACCUUGGACUCUCUUCCCGUGCUAAACAGUGGCGAGGAGUGCCGUCUGCAGGACGGCCCCACUGGGUACGGCAAGAUCCGGCUCACCGGACGCGACGCGGACAAGUGGGAGGAGUUCCUUACACCGUCCGGGUAUCUGUGCCGGGAUAAGGUGGUAGAGCGAUGGGUGGAGCUGAUAGCUCGUUGUGCCACAGCGCGAGGUGGGAGUGGGUCGAGGGUGCUCUGCGCGCGCGCAGCAGCGAGAGCGGUACCCUACCAGUACUGCUACCUACAGAAAGCAUCGCCUACUCAGACGAGUAGUGACCGUCGUUUGGCCAUAGUGGAAGGAACAGCGUGGGUGAUGGUUCGAGCCGGUGGAGCCCAGGCUGAGGCAAAACUGGUGCUGGGUGCUCGAGCUGCUGGGGCCAGUCCUAGUGCUUAUUGUACUCGUGUGCCGAUCACCCAUCCCAUGGCGCUCCUGCACUACGCGCCGCAUGCGGGCUACUACGCUGUCGCUAUAGGUCCGCCUUCAUCGGUGGUGUGCGCUGACAGGUCUUCUGUGUGGCAACUGUGGAACCCAGAGUUGGAGGCAAACUUAGACGCCCACUUAUCUGACCUGUCCACGGUGGCGAGAGUGGCGGGGGCUCUGAACGCCCUUAUCGAUAAGAUGAGGGAAGGAUCGUAUCAGGGUACCUUGCGCGUGGUGAGCCGGUACAUGACCGCGUGCAGUCUCCGGCGCCGGCUCGACCGCUGCGCCGCGCUGCACGCUCCCUACGCGCGCGCGUUUGUGUCCGCGCAUGCUUCACAUCAUCUAUUGCUGGUGCUGGACGAGUUGGUGUGUAUCUGCGAGCACGGCGGCGUGGCGGGGUACGUGUGGGGCGCGGGGCGCGGGGCUGCGGCGUGGCGCGGCGCGCGGGAUACGCACUGGCAGCGCGACGCCGCGUGCCUGCGCGCCUGCCUCACGCGGCUGCACUCCCUGGCCGGCAAUGAAGAAAUUCCUCCCACACCAGCGGAGUCCCUUGAAAUAAUCCUAUUCAAUCGUUGGGAAAACCUCAAUAAGGAGUAUAAGGGCUCAGGGCCCACUUACUCCCGGAGACAGCUGCGGUAUUUGUGGCGAGCUGCCAGCGACUUGGUGAAAUGCAAGAACAUGAUCAUAUCCGAUAACCAUAGCAACUUUCGGGCUAACCUGAUUCAAGCGACUGCCCUAGGGGAUGAGGCUGUAGAAGAACUGAUCCAUAUCCUGGCCAUCAUGCUGGACCAGGCCAGGGACCUCUACGUGAACAACUUCCAGCGGCACACCUUCGGCGAGCUGGACAGGGAACUUUCUUCGUACAGAUCAAAGAAGUGGAAUAAGCUCAAGGAAUAUUACGACGCUUCAUCCGCGUGUCUCAUAGAUGCUGUUAGAAGGGACCCUGAUCUCCGAAGGGAGGAUCUCAAAGACCCUCCCAACAUAAUGAAGAAUAUUCUUCACUGGCUUCACAAGGGGGCGAAAGAUGACAAAAAAUAUUUAGGACCUGUGCUCAAACCAUACUUAGAUGCUCUUUUCAAAUGCUCUUUGGAGAACGCUUGGUUUCUUGAAGACUUUGAUUCCAAGAACUGCUGGGAAGAAUAUGAUGGGUUGGCCGAGUACUGCGCGGCUGUUCAUGAUGGAAAAUUGGACCCAUGCAUAGGUCUCUUGGAGGCUGCUAAGAAACUGACAUGGGCCAAGACUUUGGUUGACUUCGUCGACAGAUUCAGACAUAUUGAUUUCCGUCUGGUGUUUCCCACGGGCGACGGUAUGGCGAUAUCCUUCCCGGUGCGGCUACCGUCACGUCGCGAGCUGAGCACGGCGCGCGCGCUCACGCUCAGCCGGCGCGACAAGGCCGAGGCCAAGUUGAGGCUGGCGCGGCGCUGCGUGCUGGCUGCCUUCAGCGCCGCGCUGCUGGGCGACAGGAUGGCGAAACCGAAAACAAUCACCCGCAACGAGAGCGAAGAGAUCCUGGCCAGCGUGAAGACUGGCAACUACUGGCGGAACAGCACCAAGCCAGACAUCAUCCCCUCCAGCUCCAGCCAGGAGUUGCACAAGGAGAAUGCGGUUCUGCCGAAGGUCAGGCGCAGGUCGAGGCGAAGACCAGCAACGUCGUACGGCUUUCCGGAAAUUUCGAUCACUAACGACACGAAGACAAUGAGGAGGAAGUACCACACCCUGAAGAGUCUCGUGUAUACCGAAGAGGCAGAGAGCGUGAAGCAGCUGAGAGAGCGACCGCGAUCUGCCGGCUCCACCGUCAGGAACAAGGAAAUGCUUACUAGGCCCAGCAUUCUGGAGACCCUGGACUUCAUCAACAGUGUAAAGGAUGCUUUGUGUGUGGAGGAGUCAGGGGCGUCGGACUUGGAGGAGUCGGGCUGGGGCCCCGUGGAGGAGUGGGCGGCGGGGCGCGCGGGCCCUCUGAGCGCGCUGGCGGCGCCGCGCCUCGCCGCCCUGCACCUGGUGCUGGGGGACCUGCCGCCUGCCCUGCUGCGCCGCGGCCGCGUCACAAUACUGCAGGAGUUGUGUUGUUACCUGGGCGACGCGAGUGAGGGUGCGCUGUUUGCCCUCCACAGGCUCGCCAGAGCUGCGAGGUCAAGGAGCAGCGAAAGGGUCGCUAAUUCUUGGAAGUUGCCCGAGCCGGAGGGGGCCCCUAUAGAAGCGGGGCAGCGGUACCGCGCGCGGCCCCCCGACUACGUGUCCGGGGACGAGGGCCCCGCGCGCGCCCCGCCCCCCGCCCUGCCGCCGCCCCCGCCCCCGCCUUCACCGCCGCCCCGACGCAGUAGCAGGACUAAACAAAUACCUCAUUACACCGACUUCAACCCACCGAAACGCUUUCAACAGCAAGAGAAUCAACUCAACUACCUGGAGCCUAACAAGCUGCCUAUGACGAACAAGCAACUGGAAUACACCGGUAUCAUCAAUCCUAUAUACGACAUCAAAUUCCCAAGAGACAAGUUCAAAGUCAAGAGAUCCAAGUCUUUGGGUAGAAGCUUUAGCUCAAAGAAUCUUGGGCUGGAGAUAACUAGGUAUAAUUUAACUUUGGGGCCCAAAAGCGGGAAGAAGACGAACGAUGUGGUGACUGCAAUAACUGGGAUGACAGGGGAGACAGGCUUGGAGCCAAAGAGCAAUUUCUUCCAGAGAUAUACCACCGCUGAAGUAGUCGGGGAUUCUUACAAGAUCAGUAGGAUUACUAUUGAUUAAAACAAAAAUCGCAUAGAGAUCAAUUUUAUUAUGAAAGAAUAAAAGUUGUAAGUUAAAAUGAUCUUGCCAUUUCUAUAAAUUUUUGCCAUGUUUAAUGGGUUUUCCAAAAACUGAUGUUACUGUUAAAAUGUUAAAGAAUUUAGAAAAGCUGAAGUAGACUUUAUCAAGAUUGUUAUGUUUGCCGUGAAGUUUAUUAUUUUGGAGUAAAUUAAUAAAGCUAAAUAUUACUGUUUUGUAGUACUUAUGGAUCUAUGUGGAUAUUUAACCAAAUUUAUGAACAAAAAAUUAAAAUUUAAUGAAA